AUGUCUGCCAACUCUCGAGCGCCGUCUGCCAUGGGCGCGCGCAGUGCGGCUGCCGGCAAGCGAUCGUACUUUGAGCAGCAGCGCGAGAUUCUCGUCGGCGAGAUUGCCAUGUCCUUUGAGCAUGUGCUCGCCAACAUCAACAAGCUGAACCGCUCGCUCGAGGCCGUGAUCACGGUCGGCAACGAGUUCUCGUCCGUCGAGGCGCUGUGGUCGCAGUUUGAGGGCGUCAUGGCCAAGGAGGAGGACGCCACCGACAGCGCGGCUGCAGCUGUAGCCGCGGAUAUCGGCGAAGACGGGAGCGCGGAGGCGGAUUACGCGCACACAGAGCUCGGAGGACAGGAGGACGAGGCCGGUGCCGCAGGCUGGAAGGGCAGGAGGUGA